UUGAAACUAAUCAGCAGCAGGUGGACUUUGUCUGCUUGACAUAGAAGCCUGGGAGAGCGAGUCAGUGCUGCGUAGCUCUAAGCUGGACGAUGAUAGCUGUCAAAGUAACGAUUCUUUGCGGUUUUGUUAUUGCCUCAGUGCAGUGUGUAAUCAGCAUGGCUGCUGAAGUCCCAUUGGAACGGAUUUCCCGCCAGACAGCAGCCAAACAACAGGGGAGUGCUGUUGUUUUUUUUGCGGCACACCAGGGCAUGACGAGAGAGCUCCUGUUUAACCCCAUCAUUUUCAAUCAGGUGUUGGUGAACCAAGGCUCUGGCUAUGACAAUACCUCAGGUGUCUUCACGGCUCCUGUUGAUGGCAUCUACCAGUUUUUGUUUUCUGCCCAGCUCUGCCGUGGGGACCACAACAACUUCUGGGCCUUCAUGGUCAAUGGAGUUGAGACAAUGUUAUGCCAUGCUCAGAUGAGUGGUGGCGACACAUCCCUGAACACCUGUUUCUUCAUCGAGAACCUGAAGAAGGGGUAUCGGGUCUGGAUAAAGCAAUUGGAAGGCAGCUGUGCCUGGUCUAGCGCCACCUCCAAAACGAUCACCUUCUCUGGUGUCCUGCUGGUUAGAGAGGGGGUCUCCAUGCUGGGAGGCAGGUAUGGCUCCGGAUAUUCCUGCCCGCCACCCAGCCUGAGCCGGAGACAGGAAUCCAGCUCUGCUCAGCAGCCUGUCAGCUUGUCCUGUGUGGUCAUCAGCCUUCUGGUUAUCUUGUUCCUGCUAGAUUAAUCCUGACAGACAGAUAUCUGCAGUUCUGAACUUCAACUCGUUUAAGUGUGCGCACUCUAGAGGAAAUGCUUUUCCCCCCCAUGAGAAUCUGUCUGCAGACAUUAGAUAUUUUUGUUAAAGAAGUAUUUCCCCUGUUAUAGAUUUAAUGUGUUUGGUUUUCACUCACCUUGGAACUAUUCCAUGGAUGCCCUUUAGGCCAGUCUCCUAUUGAAUAAAGUGAGGCCUGCAGUGCUUUAGAUGUUUUUCUCUGUUCUUUUGCUACCUUAUGGAUACGUCAUUUAUUUGUGCUUGGCAUAAUUCUUUGUUCAGCACUGUUCCAUGUUUGCUCCAUUUUUGGAUAAUGUCUCUCAUUGCUGUUUGCUGGAGCCCCAAAGCCUUAGAAGUGGACUUUGUAAUCCUUUCCAGACUUCUAGAUGUCAAUGAUUUUGUUUUCAUCUGUUGAUUUUUUUUUCUGGAUCAUGGUAUGUUGCUUUAUCAGAUCUUUUACCCUACUUCAUGAUGUCAAGCAGGCACU